AUGUCAAAACCACUCCCCUUUUCAUCUCUUCCACCUUAUCCUUCCCUCGACCCCACCCCAGGACGACAACGACUAGAACCAUUCCUCACCCCCAUCCUCAACGAAACCCAAACACUAAUCUCCACCACAAUCCCACAACAAUUCAGACCAGAUCGCAAACUUCGCUCUUCAGCAUCAUCAACUGCAAAAGUCCAAGUUCUCACUUCUUCCCCGGGAAGCGGAGUGGAAGAUUACUGGGUAUGUCGCAAGAGUAUCCAUGCAGACUCUGCGGUUAAGGGGAGUGCGUCAUGGACUGAAUUUGAGAGAGGGUUGAGAGAGAAUCAUUCCGAGAAUGAGAUGGAGUAUACGCCCAGUGUGGCUUCGGUUGAGAAUUUGGUGCGGUGGCCUGUUAUUGAGGGUUUGGAGGGGUGGAAGGGUAUUGAUAUGCAUGUUAACAUGAUUACGCAUACUUUUAAACCUGCUGGUCUCAUUUCACCGAGAACGUUCAUUUCGCUGGUUAUCUCGGCGUAUGAACCUGAAACUAGCGGCAAUGAGGACAAUGAUAAUCCCAUCCAAGGAUUCUAUACAAUACAGAUACCGCUCUUAUUUCAGAAAGAUGCGCCAAACAACGAUGUGCCAGAUGCAAUCAAACAACAAAUUCUAUCUGUGGCGCCAAAAAAUACUAUAUUUGCGCAUUAUGCUAGUGUUGAACGUGUUCGAUUGUUACCUCCUGUUGCAGGGAAUGGUGACGGAAACCGUCGCAUUGAGUGGAUUAUGGCCACGACUUCAGAUGCCGGUGGUCUCAUUCCGCAAUGGGUGCAGCGGAGUUGGACGAUGGGUGGAGUGCCCAAGGCUAUCGUGGCAGAUGUGGGUUUGUUUCUGGGAUGGGUGGAUAAGAAGAGAUCUUAA